AAUGAAAUGAACAGCAUGGUUCAAAAGCUAAGCCACGAAAAGCUGCUUGCAGUAUCCGCAGAGUAUCUGAACAAAGAGUACAGAAUCGCAGCAGAGGACAAGCCUAUUCAAAGCAUACUCCUAAGAAUCCAGCAGGAGAUAGAAGAGAUAUGCACACUGGACAAGUUUGCAGCUGUAAAAAUUCUGUUGUCCGAAAACAUUAUAGCAGAGCCAAUAGAAGCAAUGCUGCUAAAUUCUAUGGAGGAAAUGAAAGAGCUUCUAAACGAAAUGCUAAAAGAGUACACAAGUGAAGAAAAAGCUAAGAACACUGAAAGCACAGGAUUCCUAGAAAGAUACGCAAAUUUGUACGAUAACGCUGAGCAUAAGAGCAAGGCUAUAACGAACAGAGCAAUAUGCAACGGAAUAAGACUGCUUAAGGAAGAGUACACUUUAGACACACUAGUGGACAGACUGGCCCGCUCUGAAGGGAAAGAUCUGUCUAAGCUUCUUUUGGAAAUGAUAAUAACCAGCUACAGAACAGAGUCAAAGCUGUUGAGAAAGUGCUGGGAGUACUCUGACCUAAAAGGCAGCAGCAUAAAUGUGAAAGAGCAUAUUAUAAAAAUGGAAGAAAUACUAGAGGCAGAAAGUGAUGAAAAUGCCUUGGCAAUUGCUUCUACCUAUCUGUGCAGCGUGCUCAAUACUCUCCCACUCUUGGCUCUAAAAGUUCUUGUAAGAGACAGAAGAAUCUCAAAGUGUUUGUGGAGUAUCAUCAUGCGCAACUACAGAAAGUAUGAAGCAUCAGUGCUGGCAGGGCUGACAAACAGCAGUGUGCUACUGCAGAACCUUCCCAAUGGAAAGACAUCGUAUGAAACACAGGACGUAUCAGGGCUGGAGGGAGAAGGCGUUAUUUUCAUGGUGCCGCACAUAUUGGACACAAAGUACCCUUUGCAAUAUUUGCAGAUAAUCGACAAAAUGAAGCUGUUCAGUGCAGAAGAAAGUGCUAGCGGAUACUCAGUGCCUACAAAAUGGAAGUAUGAGAAAGAGAACAAAACAUUGAAAUACGAAGGCGUUGACUCUGCAGUAUCUACAAGCGCAGUGGAACAGACAGUGUGUAUAACAGAAAAUGAAAGCGGAUAUUUGACAAGCGCAGAGGUGUACAGAAUAGUGCAGGAGACUAUCAUCUCUAUGCUAAGCAAAGAAACAGUGAGAGAAUACGCACUGCACGCAUUGAUAGGCGAGUUUAUAGAUAGAGAUGCCGAUAUAGUCAAAAAAAUAAGCAUAAAGCACCCAAAUAUACACCCGAAGAUAAUAGAAGCCAUUCAGACACACUGGAUAAAGGCUGCUCCUGAAUUGCUGGAGAGAAAAGUAGUGGAAGAAAAGAUGAAGAGACAGGCACCAGAAGCGCCCACAAGAAAAGAAAGAAAAACACGAACAGUGGCUUUAUCUGAGGGCAAUGAACACGAGGAGAAAGAAGAGUGCAGAAGAACAGGAAUAAUGUCUGCACAGCUCUCAGUGUCCAGAACAAGCACAGACGAAGAUGUAGACAAGAUAUACACUACAACCAGAAAGUACGAUGAGAGACAGAUGGAGGAAAUAUCUGAGCACUUCUUCCAGGAGCUUGAAAGGUACUGGAGAACAGACAGAGACAAAAUAUCAUCGCAUUUUGACAGGGUGGUUAGAGCCAUUAAGAUAUUUUCAAAAUCAAAAAAUAUCGAUAAAAUGGGGAAGAUAAUCAGCGGAUACUUUGACUACUCGUUUGCAAUAGAAUCUGAGGCUGCAGAUGUGUCAAAAGAGAUAGUCAAAAGAGUCCUCGAAAAGAAUGCACCCGAAAAAGCAUUCAAUAUCCUCAAUGCCAUCUUCAAAGACAGAAGAGUGGUAGAAAUAUAUGCAGAUGUGCUGAAAGAGGCUUCCUCUGAAACCAUCCACAGAAUACUCUCCAAAGAAAAGCCAGGAAGCUUUCUGCACCAGGCAGGGAUACAAUCUGUGCACGCCAGAAAAAAUGAACAGAUUUACUCUCUGGCCAUAACAGAAGCAAUAAGCCAACUUACCAGCAGAGAUGAUGAUGCGCUCAACAGCAGUUUGUACCUACUGAAAGAAGAGUAUAAAACCAAUGCACACAGCCCGUAUGCUGCAGAGAUAGUAAGCCAUGCUGUUCGGCUCCUGAGAAUGCGAACAAAGAUGGACUCAGCAGGACGCUCUGCCCUGGAAAUCCUUAAGCAUGCACUGUUUCACAACGAUUACCAGCUGGACAUAAAUAGCAGAGAAGAUAUAAUAGCCAGUAUAAAGUACGAUGUGUACCAAUACAAAGAAAUACUUCUUUUGUACAUCGACGAAGUUCCAGCUAAUGAGUUUGUGGAGAUAGUCGGGGAUAUAAACUCGCCCACUGCAAAAUCAGCAAGAAAUGCGCUCAGACAGGCGAUUAAAGAGUACAAAACAGAAGACAGCAAGGCCGGGGUGUACAUCUUCAACCGAAUAAUACAGCAGGCAAGCGACGGAAGCACAUCGGAUAAGAUAUUCAUCAUAGAGCUGGUAAAAGAGAUAGUGGAGCAGUACGCACACGGGGCAUGGAUCACAAUAUUCCUGAAGGUGUCAGAAAUGAUAGCGAACGAAGAGAAAGAAGAAGUAAUCACAAAACUGCUGGAGCUAAUGCAGAAAGUAGUUGCUAAGUCGCAGAACAAGAAAGGUCUAAAGAGCAUCUACAAAGAGUGGAAAGAGAACAAGAAGCUAGACAGCCUGGUAAGAAAGAUGGCCAAUGUUUUCAAAUAG